AUGGAGCCAAAACGUUUCAAGAAUCACAAGAGGCGUGGAUUCGGCACCCCUGUCGGAGAUGUGGUCGAACCCCUGGAUAUAAGUAUGGCAACCUGGUCACUCUCAAGACUGGGAGGGCGCCCGUACCUGUUAGUCAGCCAGUCAAGAACCCAUCCCAAAGCGCCCGAGCUGGGCCAGGACCACUUGCUUCCUUGCAUAUCUACAAGUAUGUACUCACCUUGUAAAAAGUAUUGGCGAUGGCUGUAUCAGACGAACACGCUGGUCAGCCUCGGCCAUCACAGUCACUUGGGAUUUCCCAUGCGCAGCGCGACCUGCAGUUCGAAUGUAGAAGGAUAUUUUCGUAGCCUCGUCCGUGCUGCCCGUCCGGCGCCUUCCUUUAUUUGUCCUCCAGCAGGUGGACCCUAUUCUGGUACUCGACUCAAGGGAUGGAACGAAGUUGAACUGCGUUGGUGUUAA